AUGGCAUCGAUGCAUGACGAAGAGUCUUCCUCCGUGGAGCCGGACCAGGGGAAGAUGGUCAAGGCCGUCAUCUCCUCUCCCACCGGUUCCAUCGGCACUGGAGCAGUCGAGCCGUUUGACAUCGAUGAUGCGGCUGCCCGAGAUUUUUUUGGAAGCUCAAUUUCCGACUCAUACCGUCUCAAGUCGGAGUUGAUUUCCUACCACCUGGCUGAGAUUGGCUUCGGGAGAUUCCAGUGGCACCUGUUCAUCGUCAAUGGCUUCGGCUGGAUGUGUGACAACUUCUGGAGCCAGGGUGUCACGGCUAUCCGACCGCCCAUUGCCAACGAGUUCACCGAUAUUGUUCACCUCAGCUUCAGCUCCGUCGCCUACUAUGUAGGCCUCAUCGUCGGAGCCUGGUUCUGGGGGACGGCCGCCGAUGUCAUCGGACGCAAGCCCGCUUUCAACCUGACCAUUCUGCUGGGCGGCAUAUUCGGAGCUGCCGUCGCCGGUUCCCGGGACUUUCUCACCUUUUGCGCCCUGUGGGCCGUCAUCGGCACCGCUGCCGGGGGAAACGUCCCCGUGGACAGCAUCGUCUUUCUCGAGUUCGUCCCCCAGACUCACCAGUGGCUCCUGGUCACGCUGUCUGGCUGGUGGAAUCUCGGCCAGCUCGUCGUCUCCCUCCUCGCCUGGGUCUUUCUGGCCAACUACUCCUGUUCUGAUAGCGAUGCUCCUUGCCCCAUCGAGGACAACAUGGGCUGGCGCUACGUCAUGAUCACGCUUGGAGCAAUUGCCUUGUUCCUGGCCAUGAUCAGAGUGCUGGUCUUCAAGAUCCCCGAGUCCCCGCGCUUCCUCAUCGCCAAGGGACGCGAUGCAGAGGCCGUCGAGUCGGUCAACCACAUUGCCCGCUACAACGGUAAGCCCGAGACGCUUACCGUCGAGAUGCUCCGAGCCAUCGACGAACGGCUCGGGACCGCGCCCGCUGCGUCCGCCGGUACCAAGUCGGAGGGCGCUGCCUCCAAGCUAUCCGCCAUGGACAGGAUCAAGGAGAGCUUCCGGGACUACAGCACCCACAACUUCCGCAAGCUGUUUGCCGGCCGCAAGAUGGCGCAGCACACGUCCAUCACGUUUCUCAUCUGGCUGACCAUUGGAGUUGCCUACCCCCUGUACUUUGCCUUCAUCACGUCGUACCUCGAGAACAACACCAGCUACUCAGCCGACACGGGGUUCAACCAUACAUACAAGGUGUACUGCAUCGUAUCCGCAGUCGGUAUCGUCGGCCCCAUCCUGGCCGGAUUUCUCGUCGAGACACGUUUCGGCCGUCGCUGGAUGAUGGCAAUCUCUGCGGUCCUGACUGGCGUCUUUCUCUUUGCCUACACAUCUGUCGAUACUGAGGCCGGGAACAUUGGCUUCCAAGCUGCCACGGCCAUUCUAGGGAAUUUCGAGUACGCUGUUAUGUUUGCGUUCACCCCAGAGUCCUUCCCAGGAAUAGUUCGCGGAACAGGGACAGGCAUUGCAGCUACACUUCUUCGCCUCGGAGGACUUGCAGCGUCAUUCAUCUCCACAUACGCCGGCUACACAGUGGUUCCUAUUUAUGCCAGUGCUGCGCUCUGGAUUUUAGUAGGAUUCUUUUGUCUGGGAUUGCCAUACGAGACUCACGGACACGCUUCUAUCUGA